UGCUAUUUGAAACUUUGAAAUGCUGUAGUUGCUGAAUGGUGGAACUUGUUUUAGCGGCAUAAAUGCAAAGAUUGCCUAUUUAUAAAUGUACUUUACAUAGUUAAAAACAAUUUUUGUGGUGGCAGUGCAUUUUGUAGAAGCUGCGCUUCAAGUGUGUAUAACAUCUGUUGUUUUGUCAUAUUACAUGUUGAAGUGAAGUGUUCGAAAUGUCAGACGAAGAAAAUGUAAAUCUUCGUUUCGUAGUUCCGAAGGGUUUUAAGAGUGAGAUUUUUUGUUCCGAAGAUAUGAAAAUGGCAUUUCAGAGCUGUGUGGAACAUGAGCUAUCACCAGAAUGGAUCUCAGAACAUAAGUGUGCAUCUCUUAAGCCAACGAAACAGGAUGUCUUCGUGUUUCAGCAAUUUGAAGGAGACACAUUUUCUCAGUAUCAGAACCUGAAAUGUGUCAGGUUAUUAGGGCCCCGAUGUCUGCUGUCAUGUCUAAUGGAAGGCUCGCCUAUUCCAGACAGCUGCUCCCCCAUCUUCACAACAGCAAUGCGAGGUUUGGUUGUGACCACAACAAAUUUUACUGGACAAGAAAAAGAGGACUUAAUAAAGAAGACUGAAUACAUGGGUGCAUUAUUUUCUUCGAAGUUGGUUGGUGGCACAACACAUCUUGUAGCAAAGAAUGUUCUCAGUAUAAAAUAUGAGAAAGCAGUAGAGAGAAGUCUUACUGUCAUGACUCAGGAUUGGGUACAUUCUGUAUGGGAGGCAAGUUGCAAGAGGAAUGUUCAUGCAUCUGACCCAGAAUUCCAAGUUUACAAAUGUCCUGUGUUUCAUGGCCUUACCAUCACUUGCUCAAACCUGCCCAGGCAGCAGAAAGAAGAACUCAGGAAACUGAUAAAUGAUAAUGGUGGAAUUUUCAGCGGACAGCUAGAGUGUGAGAAAACGAAACUGCUCAUCAUUACUAAUCCAACUGGAGAAAAAUACAAGUAUGCUUGUGAAUGGAAGUUGCCAUGUAUCCUUCCAUCUUGGGUUCAUGAAAGUGUUUGUGAAGGUUAUGCAGUCUCAAUAGAACCCCAUCUGUUGGCACACAAAAACGUUGUCAAAUGUUCAACUCCGAAUCCUGAUGAGACACGAUCAUUGCCAGACUUUUCCAUGGUAAGCACUAUUGCAGGAGGUUGUGCCACACAUGUGAAUGAGACAGCUGCAGAUUCUACAAUACACAGUUUCCUUACAAAGAACAAUGCUGUAAAUAGAAAUUCACAGGCAAAACACUCAGGUGCGUCACGAUAUUCGGAAACGUUAGAAAAGCUUGACUUGAGAGAAGCUAAAAGGGCAGGAUCUUUUCUAGAUGGCUGUAAUGUGUACUUAAGUGGAUUCAACGUCGAGCAAACCGAGAAAUUACGUCGUGUGCUGAAUGGAGGAGGAGCAACAAGAUUUAAUGAAAUAUCAGACUCUGUGACCCAUAUUAUUGUUGGAGACAUAGUAUCUGCCGAUCUGAAAGCCUUAAAGUGUAGUGGUUUGAGACCAUAUGUUGUGACAGUGGACUGGUUGUUGGAGAGCAUGAAGCUAAGAUGCCCUGCUUCUGAAGAGGAAUUUUUAUGUACCGAUAUAUUGCUACAGCCAGCUGAGCCACCAUCUCCUUUAAGCAAGAAGGGUCUUCAGUUGUUACGAAGACCAAAUGAGAGGCCUGUACCCUGCCUCCAACUUGUUAGUGAUUCGAAGCCCUCCAUCCAGAACACCGACAAGACGUUACCUCCUGUGGCUGCUGACUUGUUGGAUCAGUAUCUACCUAACUCACUCUCAGAGAGUGGUGCAUUUCAAGAGUUGGAAAGAGGUGAUAAGGGUAGGCAGUCAGCUGGAAAGUCAAAGCCUUCAUUUGUCACUGAAGCAGAAGAAAGGCCUAAUGAAAGACAAGUUGAUGGAGACAUUGAGACCGGGCAAGGUGCAGCAGUAUGUCACAAUCCAGACCUGAACACCCAAUCAGAACAAGACAGCACACAGUAUACAGAAUCAACAGUUACACCUGUAUUCAAUAGUUUAACUUUUUUUAUCAUCGAUUUUGAUGAUGAGGAGAAAGAAUUGUUGAAGGAUGCCAUUGAAUCCCGUGGUGGACGUGUAGUUGGCAAGAGCUUUAAAGGAGUUGCUGAUUAUGCAGUUGUGCCCUUGCAUGGGGCUAAAUUAUCACAGGCAGCCACUGAGGUUGUAACAUAUAUAUGGGUGGAGGACUGCCAUCAUCAGGAUGAGUUGUUACCUGUGCUGUAUUAUCAUCACCCAAUAUCCAUUGAUCUGAACAAGAAGCCAUUGUCUGGUUGUGUGAUUGGCAUCAGUUCUUACACUGGAAAGGAAAGGGAUUUCAUCUUUGCUAUUGCCCAGUUGCUGGGAGCUAUAACCCAGGAGACAUUUGCACGAAAGAACAAUGAGAAGAAGAAUGCAUUAGCAUCAACUCACUUGGUUUGUUGUGAGCCCGGAAGCCAGAAGUACAAUGCUGCUCUGAAGUGGGGACUGCCUGCCGUGAAUCAUGAGUGGCUGUUGGCCUGUGCAAGGGAGGGGCGGCAAGUGAGUGAGGAACCGUAUCUUGUUGGAGAGAGCUCAUGUUCUGCAAGUAUGGCUAACAAAACUACUGAAACACCAAAGACUGACUGCCCAGUAGGUGUCCAGGUGAAAGAUGGGAAGCGUAGUAUGAAAAUUCAGUCUCCCAUGGUGUCUGCAGAUCAACACCAAGAUAGUCCUGCAGAUACACGGACACCGAAGUCAGAGUUGAAGCCAAUCAAUAAAAGAAUUGUGGAACUGCAAACUAACAGUGUGAUGGGCCCACCUGCCAGCCCAGCCAAACAACAGGGAAGCUCUCCAAAAGAUCACCAAAUAAUGCCUUCCCUCAAAAACAAACAUGGCUUUAGCCAGGAAUCUCCACUGCACAUACCAAAGUCAGCAGGAUCCACUCCAAAAAGUGAUACAGGUUGGCCAGGAGAUCCAAAUCAGCCAACUCCUAAGGGACCCUUCUCUGUCUCCACACCCGAAACUCCAUAUGGCCAAGUGCUGAGACCGAACCCUUCACCUGAGACAAGAAAAAACUGGAAGAAGUGGAUUGAUAAUUUUCCGGAUUUCCAGAAGGAAAUGAGCCCUCCAGAAAGGAAGAGGAAGCUCAGCACUCCAUUGUCUGAGUUGAAGCGUCGCUGUUGGGAAAUGAUUCUUCCAAAAGACAGACCACCAGCCCAGAAUGGUGCUGCCAGUUCUGAAAUGGGCUUAGACUGUCCAGUAAAUCCUGUUCGCAUGUCUUCCAGUGGAAAGGGGACAUUAACUUCUGGAUCUUCAGUCUCAAGAAAAUCUCAUGGCGAAGCAUCUUCCACCUCAGGUUCAGACCCAUCGCUGUCAUCUGGAAUUCAUACGCAGUUAGCGCAGUUGAACCAGCUUCUCUCAAGCCGACAGUCUGGAGGGUCGGACACUGAGCCCAAAAUCAGACGCAUCUGGCCCAGUGAGGCUCAUGUGCAUGAUGAGCAUUCAGAUGAAAAUAAACAGACAGAUCCUGAAAUAGAAGACUUGAGAAAGGAAUCACAAGGACUGGUUGGUUGGGACGACCCUAUAGAUGUUAACGGACAGAAACGGAAAUCCCAUUGCGGUCAGCAGAUGUACAAGUUCAUGUUGUCUGGCAUUGUGGAUCGUGACUAUUACGAAUCAAUCGUCGUGUCUCUUGGGGGUGAGGUGACUUCCAAGUCUACAUUUGAUCCCUCCGCAACUCAUCUUGUGUGUAGUCGCCCAGUUCGAAGUGAGAAGCUUUUGGCCAGCAUUGCAUCAGGAAAGUGGGUGCUACACAAGGGUUACUUGGAUGCUAGCCAGAAAGAAGAACGUUUUAUCCAGGAGGAUGAGUUUGAAUGGGGAAAUCCAUCUGCUGUGUCACUGAUGCGUGAUCUGAAACCCUGUUCUCUUGAACAUGAACUGGCAGUCUCGGCACACCGCUGGCGUUGUGUAUUGACAGGAGAAAUGACUGGUGCGUUCAUGGGCAUGAGAGCUGCAGUGUGUAUUUCUGCCGAGAGAGAAGAGCCGUUCAAAAGACUUAUUCUUGCAGGAGGAGGUCGUUUGGUGGACUUCAGCAAUCUUGAUGAAGCCACUCAUUGUUUUGUCGAGCUGGGUAAAGCAUCUCUGCCAGUUGACCUGUCUGUGUUGGUGAAGAAGAGGAUACCAUGCGUGCCUCCACUUUAUCUUAAUGAUUACCUCAUUAAGAAUCCACCUCCGCAGGCUCACAAUUGUGUUGUUCCAGAAUAUAAACAACUUCUUCAGACUUUGUAGUUGCCACUCUCCUCAGAUGGAGGUGAGUGGUCAGCUUCAUGCUCUGGCUGCUUUAC